AUUUCAGUCUUAUCACCAAUGCAACAUAAUACAGUAAGUACGUUAAUUCUAAUCUCCCUGGGCUCCCCCCAGAAUCCUUUUCAGCUAAGGCUGGCAAGAAUGAGCCUCCCACUUGCUGCAGACAGGAGCCAAGUCCUGAUUUGGAUUCUGUCCCUUGCCUAGGCUUCGAAUAGUGACUAUCAAGUUUGAGUGGACAUGGCUUUGCCCCCUCGGCUACCUUUGCAGUUAUUCAGUUCCAUACACAGUGAAUAGAAGCCUACUGUGUGCAAGACAUAGUCUUAGAAGCGAGGAAAUGUCAGAGUCCAGCCGAGUUCAUCUCUCAGUGUGAGCCAGUAAGCCGAGGAGGGCACAGUGAUUUAUAGGCCAAGCCUGCCAGCCGACCUUGUCCCCAGCAAAGACUCAUUUCCACAAGCCUCUCUUCCAAGCGAUUAUUUGCUGUUUGUGCUGCUUGGGGCUUGGCAUGCUUCUGCAAUUCCUUUGACCAAAGAGAAAACGGGAACCUUGAAGUAAGUACUUAUCUCGCAAAGAGGAGGUUGGUGGAGGCAGAGCUGUGCCUCUUUGCCUCUUGUUGGGGGAGCCUGCCUGGCCCCCUGUCAGUUCUGCACUGUAAUGAUAAUGGAUUUCUGCAGUCAGAGGUUUCUCCUGAAGAAACCCUUCCUCACUCAGGGCUUGCUUUUCCCCCCCCUCCUCCUCACCUCUCUGAGGCAAGUAAGGGGAACCCUUACAAGGCCGGGAGGUGGUUGUCUGUGCUGUGUGAGGGUGUAGCAGAGCCCGCCCAAACUGGAGCGCCCAGCUUUUUUAUCUGCAUCUCUUUCCACUACACCAAACCCAGAGCUGGCAGGAGGGUGGAAGAGACACAGGCCAAAGUGCCUGCUUCACCAGCUAUGAGCGCCGCCGGGGAAGAUGGGAGGUGUCCCACCCUGAAGUGAAGUGUCGAGCUGCCCUGGAUCAAGAGGUGCCGAGGGGAAAAGAAGCUGUGAACCACGGUGAUGGAUGUUCACGGCUCAUGGGUCCGGGCUCUGGUUCCCUGUGAGAAGCUGCCACGGCCCACCGAGAUGUCCAGGCACCAUAGCCGCUUUGAAAGAGAUUACCGCGUAGGCUGGGACCGCCGUGAGUGGAGUGUCAAUGGGACCCAUGGAGCCACCAGUGUCUGCAGUGUCACCUCCGGUGCCGGUGGCGGCACAGCCAGCAGUCUCAGCGCACGACCGGGCCUCCUGCCACUGCCCGUGGUGCCCUCCCGGCUGCCCACACCCGCCACAGCUCCUGUUCCCUGCACGACCGGCAGCAGUGAAGCCAUCACCAGUCUUGUGGCCAGCUCGGCCUCUGCAGUCACCACCAAGGCUCCGGGCAUCUCCAAAGCUGACAAUCAGUCCCAGGGACUCACGACCAGCAUCCGAUGGGGGCAGACACCCAUCAAUCAGUCCACACCCUGGGACACUGACGAGCCGCCCUCCAAACAGAUGAGGGAGAGCGACAAUCCAGGCACAGGGCCAUGGGUGACCACGGUGGCCGCCGGGAACCAGCCUUCCCUGAUCGCACACUCCUAUGGAGUGACCCAGCCUCCCACCUUCAGUCCGGCUGUGAACGUCCAGGCCCCAGUCAUUGGGGUGACUCCCUCACUGGCUCCCCACGUGGGGCCCCAGCUCCCGCUGAUGCCGGGCCACUACUCACUCCCACAGCCGCCCUCCCAACCACUGAGCAGUGUGGUGGUGAACGUGCCUGCUCAGGCCCUGUAUGCCAGCCCUCAGCCCCUGGCAGUGUCCACUCUGCCUGGAGUGGGGCAGGUAGCCCGCCCGGGCCCCACUGCUGUGGGCAACGGCCACAUGGCAGGGCCCCUGCUGCCUCCAGCUCCACCAGCCCAGCCAUCUGCCGCUCUCCCCAGUAAUGCUCCUGCCACCAAUGGGCCCCCCACAACAGACUCAGCCCAUGGGCUACAAAUGCUUCGGACCAUUGGAGUGGGGAAGUAUGAAUUCACCGACCCAGGGCACCCGAAAGAAAUGUUGAAGGAAUUGAACCAGCAACGCAGAGCGAAAGCGUUUACAGACCUGAAAAUUGUUGUUGAAGGCAGAGAGUUUGAAGUCCACCAAAAUGUUCUAGCUUCCUGCAGCUUGUAUUUCAAGGACCUGAUUCAAAGGUCGGUGCAGGACGGAAGCCAGGGCAGCCGGGAGAAGCUGGAGCUGGUGCUCUCCAACCUGCAGGCUGACGUGCUGGAGCUGCUGCUGGAAUUCGUCUACACGGGUUCGCUGGUCAUUGACUCCGCCAAUGCCAAGACUCUGCUUGAGGCUGCCAGCAAGUUCCAGUUUCACACCUUCUGCAAAGUCUGCGUGUCCUUUCUCGAGAAGCAGCUGACCGCCAGCAACUGCCUGGGAGUGCUGGCCAUGGCUGAGGCCAUGCAGUGCAGCGAGCUCUACCACAUGGCCAAGGCCUUCGCACUGCAGAUCUUCCCCGAGGUGGCCGCCCAGGAGGAAAUCCUCAGCAUCUCGAAGGAUGACUUUAUCGCCUACGUCUCCAAUGACAGCCUCAACACCAAGGCUGAGGAGCUGGUCUACGAGACCGUCAUCAAAUGGAUCAAGAGGGACCCAGCAGCACGUGCACAGUAUGCAGCAGAGCUCCUAGCCGCCGUCCGCCUCCCCUUCAUCCACCCCAGCUAUCUGCUUAACGUGGUGGACAAUGAAGAGCUCAUCAAGUCAUCGGAAGCGUGUCGGGACCUGGUCAAUGAGGCUAAACGCUACCACAUGCUGCCCCAUGCCCGGCAGGAGAUGCAGACGCCCCGAACCCGGCCUCGCCUCUCUGCAGGUGUGGCCGAGGUCAUCGUUUUGGUCGGGGGACGCCAGAUGGUGGGGAUGACCCAGCGCUCGCUGGUGGCUGUCACCUGCUGGAACCCGCAGAACAACAAAUGGUACCCCUUGGCCUCUCUGCCUUUCUAUGACCGCGAGUUCUUCAGUGUAGUGAGUGCCGGGGACAACAUCUACCUCUCAGGUGGUAUGGAAUCAGGGGUGACGCUGGCUGAUGUCUGGUGCUACAUGUCCCUGUUGGAUAACUGGAACCUGGUCUCCAGAAUGACUGUCCCUCGCUGUCGCCACAAUAGUCUUGUCUAUGAUGGGAAGAUUUACACUCUUGGGGGACUUGGCGUGGCAGGCAACGUGGACCACGUGGAGAGGUACGACACUAUCACCAACCAAUGGGAGGCAGUCGCCCCUCUGCCGAAGGCAGUGCAUUCAGCGGCAGCCACUGUGUGUGGUGGUAAGAUCUACGUGUUCGGUGGGGUGAACGAGGCAGGCCGAGCCGCAGGUGUCCUUCAGUCCUAUGUGCCACAGACCAACACGUGGAGUUUUAUUGAAUCCCCAAUGAUAGACAACAAGUAUGCACCUGCUGUCACCCUCAAUGGCUUUGUGUUCAUCCUGGGAGGAGCUUAUGCCAGAGCCACCACCAUCUACGACCCAGAAAAAGGCAACAUCAAGGCGGGGCCAAACAUGAAUCAUUCUCGGCAGUUCUGCAGUGCUGUGGUGCUCGAUGGUAAAAUUUAUGCAACCGGAGGCAUCGUGAGCAGCGAGGGACCAGCCCUGGGCAACAUGGAAGCCUAUGAGCCCACAACUAAUACAUGGACUCUCCUACCCCACAUGCCCUGUCCUGUGUUCAGACACGGCUGUGUCGUGAUAAAGAAAUAUAUUCAAAGCGGCUGACAUCCGCAGAGAGCCCCGGGACAAGUCUAUGGGACAAGUCUGGUGAGGCAAAUGCCACAACACCACGGUUACCUUUCAACACCAACGAGAGGCCCACAACACACAAUCAAGAAACUCACUGCGCUAACAUUUUGAAUAUUCUCUGCAUUGAAUGUAGAAAACCAUCCUCGUCUUUUGGGUGAAGCGGGGCACAGUGCUCCGCUCCGGGCAGCAGGAACCUGGACCGCUCGGAGCCAGGGCUCCCUAGGCCAGCUGAGGCGCUUGCUCUGAACAGGAGGCGCUCGCUCUGCCUGGUGCAAUAGUUUCACAUAUUUUUCAACUAGGAGAGAAGCUGUUUUUUUCCUUCUCGCAGAGCAAGCUUGGUCCCUGAGCCACCGUAGAUCAGUUAUCCUGUGACAAUACUGGGCAUCAGGCUCUUUUGGAAUAAGGUCAAAGUGCCCUUAUCACUUUGAUCCCUACUUUUUUUUUUUU